AUGUACUUGGAUGUAUCACCCUCGGCGGUCUCCUCAGCUCUCGUCCGGGAAGAGAAGGGUGUGCAGAAGCCGGUGUACUUCACGAGCAGAGCACUCCGCGGAGCGGAGGAGAGAUACCCAAGGAUAGAAAAGUUGGCAUUUGCCCUGAUCGUGUCCGCCCGGAAACUGAGGCCUUACUUCCAGGCGCACGCCAUCCGAGUACUAACUGAGUACCCCUUGAAGAAGGUCCUCCAAAAACCGGACCUGUCGGGUAGGCUGGUCAACUGGGCAGUGGAACUCGGGCAAUUCGACAUUGAGUUCCAUCCCCGAGCGGCGAUCAAGGGCCAAGCACUCGCCGACUUCUUCCUUGAAUUUUGCAAUACUCCAGAGCCCGAGGACCCAGUGCAGCAUCCGCCAUGGAUAGUUCAUGUGGAUGGCUCCUUUCAGUGCCAACGCAGCGGUGUGGGAGUGAUAUUGGAGAGCCCGCAGAAGCAGAAGUUCCAAUAUGCCAUCAAAUUGGACUUCGCCACGACCAAUAAAGAGGUGGAGUACGAAGCGGUGCUGGCGGGCCUAGCAAUCGCUCGGGAAGUAGGGGCCCUCGAUGUCGAAAUCCGGAGCGAUUCACAAGUGGUCGUUGGUCAGAUCUCGGGAGAAUUUGCCACACAAGGAGACCGGCUGGCUAAAUACUUGGAAAAAGUACAUGACCUGCAAUCUAGUUUCAGAACUAUGACGGUCACGAAGAUCCCUCGCGAAAGAAAUGUUCAAGCGGACGCGCUGGCUAGGGCUGGUUCCGCGACCGACCAAGAAAUCGCAAGAAUGAAGCAGCAAGUACUGGUUCAACCCAACCCAUCGAUUGACGAGAGUUUACAUAUGGUGCUGGCGGCCCGAGAGAGGGAACCGGAACCCGAAUGGGCCUCGGAUGUAAUUAGAUACUUGAGGAGUGGGGAACUACCCAGUCAUAGAGAACAGGCUCAUAAAGUGAAACUGCGGGCUGCGCGCUACACAAUGGUGGAUGACAUGCUGUAUAGGAGGGGAUACUCACACCCCCUACUAAAGUGCCUCUCGGCUCCGGAGGCCAACUAUGUGCUUAGGGAAAUUCAUGAAAGAAUCUGCGGGAACCACUCGGGGGCAAGAAUGUUGGCCAUCAAGGCGGUGAGAGCCGGGUAUUACUGGCCCACGAUGACGCGGGACUCUAUGGAGUUCGUCCGGAGUUGUGAUAAAUGCCAGCGGUUUGCCCGGGUGAUGAAGAACCCGCCCGAGAAGCUCACGUCGGUCUUGUCACCUUGGCCGUUCUCUAAGUAG